AUGGCACUUCCGGUAGCAAAGCGCGACGCAGCUAGCGAUGACGAGGCAGAGGUCAAUGAUGUGGCAGACGAGACAGAGGACUUCUCGGAUGCCGACAGCCUCAUUGAAGAGGCCGAGUCCGACAGCAUCCCCAAGGAAGCCCCCCAGGCUGAUGCUGCGGAGGAGCUGGCGGAGGGUAUAGGACGUCUUGAAAUGAAGACCAGCUCGCCAAGGACAGCCAGUGAGUCUUCUCCCGCUGCAGCCGUUCAAAGAGAUGAUGCCGCCCCUGCAGUCUCAACAACGGGGGAGGUGCAAGGCAAGGCACCCAGCGUGGGCGCGCCGUCGUCUGGGGAGGUGGAAGCGCCUGGCGUGGAGAAGAGCCUUGCAUGUGGUGCCGCUGGGAGCCCAGCUCCUGUCAGUGAUGAGAACUCCGUCGUUGCAGCUGAGGCGAAGCCCGCUUCUGCUGCUGAGGAGAGCCCUGCGUCCGCUGAUGAGGAGAGCCCUGCGUCCGCUGAUGAGGAGAGCCCUGCGUCCGCUGAUGAGGAGAGCCCUGCGUCCGCUGAUGAGGAGAGCCGCGCCUCUGCCACCGAGGAGAGCCCGACCACUGAUGCCGAGGGCAGCGCUGCCUUUAACUCUGAGGACAACCCCGAUGCUGAUACAGCCUCUGACGACUCUGGCAUUGAGGAGGAGGACAUGGACGAGCCCCCCAAGCGACCUCCGCCCCGCCCCCGCCUGCAGCCAUUCGACGUCCCUCAGACCGGCCAGUUCUGGCUGCACGACGAUCGGUUUGGGGGCGGGGAGGGCGAGGUGCCUCGGCGCGGCAGGGCAUUUGGACAGACGGGGCAGACGGAGGCGAGGGACACGUCGGAGACCUCGCUCAAGUAA